UCUCUUUCGUUUUACAAACAUUUCAAGUGUCAAAAUAGUGUGUUACUUGUCAUAUACCUUUAUUUGUACAUCUGUUUAAUUGUUAAAUGUAACUGAAUAUUAGUUAAGCAAACAUGAGUUUAGAUGAAAAUAUAGUACUAUUAGAUUCUAAACGAAUCACAGAUAGAAAAAAAGCUUGUGACUAUUUUAUGCAGAAUUUAAAUGAUCCUGAUAUAAUUGAAAGGCUUGAAGAUUCAUGGAAGAAUUUAUUCACUGGUGUACAGAAUUGCCUUUUAAAGGAUGCUGACAAAAUAAUCGAUGAUAUGAAGAAAAAAGGAACUAGUCAAGAUGUUGUUAAAAUCACAAAUGUAGCAAGUGAUAUAUUUUUAUCUGUUCUUAGAUUUGGUCUUAGAGAAAGAAAUAAACUAAAUGUCUAUGAAGUUACAAGUUAUAUUGUUAACUGCCUCCGAAAUGAGAAAAUGAAAAAAUGCUAUGAAAGGACCUUUUUGCUUGCUUUAAAAGAUACAAUUCUAUCUCAUGAAAAAAAUAGAUCUGAGUUAGACGCUAGUGAUUGGCAACUUGUGUUUGAUUCAAUAAAGACAUUAUGUAAGGAUAAAAAAGGAACAAUUGAUAUUCAAAGUCUUUACAUAAAAUGCAUGAUGUUAAUUAUUAAAUAUGGACCAGAUUGCAGUUUCCCAGCAACAGUUUUAAGAAAUGAACUUCCAUUUAUUAUAACUCUUGUUCAGAGUAUUAACAAGAAUCAUCACAAAGGUAUUCAAGAAGAUAUUGUAGAUAUUUUAACAGAUUUUUGUUUACAUACUGCAAAGGACAAAAGGUCAUCCUGCUGUGAGCUAGGCGAAUGUACUUUUCCAAAUGUUGUUGAGUUUUAUGAGCUUAAUGGAUCUGAACACAGAUUAAAAGUGAAAUUAAUAGAUUAUUUUUUAUUGCAAGUAAAAAUUCACCAUCCUAAUGGGGAAAAAGAAGAUAAUACUCUGGCAGUGAAUUGGAAUAUUUGGAAAAAGUAUAUGUAUAAAAUGUAUGUUAUUUUAAUGAAAGAAAUGGACUUUUAUGUCGCUAAUACAUACAAGAAUGCUUCAAUAUUCAAAACCACAGUCCAACCCACAAAAAUAUUAGACACAUUUAAGAUCUUAUUUGCUGAAUUAACUCAACAGUUAUUGGGAGCCACAGAUCUGAAUUUAACUUUAACAUCUUCAUCUCAAAUUCCGUCAGCAAAGCGUCAAAAACUUGAACUUGGUAUUCAUAAUAUGAUAUCAAAUAUAGAAAUUCUAAAAGAUUGGCCAUGGAUUGAUUUGUUAACAACCACCCUUAAAAUGUAUCCGAAAUUGCUAAUUGAAGACAACUUUUUAUAUUUAUUGCAAGUUUUAACAAAUAUUAUAGUUGAUAGUCAGGAUUUAAAUUUGAAGUACCAUGCUUAUGAAUGUUUAAUUGUGCUUGAACAAUUUGAAUCGCAAAUGCAUUUUGAACAUAAUGAAGCUGUCCAAACAUUUUGGAGAAAAAUAGCCAAGUUUGCUGUACUGUCUACAAAUCUCAUCGAGAAUACACACAUAUUAAUCAAUAAUUUGACCAUAAGAAAAGACAUACUAGACAGUGAAAUGGUUCUGAAAAACUAUUUGCAGUCGCCAACUACCAGUGUCAACGCUAUAAAAACAAUUUACACUCUUCUCUCUACUGUGAAAUUCCGUAGAAUCGGCACUGAGAGACAAGAAUCGAUUGCCAGGUGGUUGUUAAAUUUGGAGACGAAAUUUUUGUCGCAAAAAGAGAGUGCGGCUAUAUUUGGAUGUAUGUGCUUUAAACAAUGGCCCAAAACUACUCCAAUUCAGUUGCCUCAAACUAAUCUCAAUAUAUACUCUGAAGUUGUGUCAUUGUACAACAAUAUAAACCUUGAUAAUUUAGAAGAACAAAGUCCUAUAAAUAAAACAGAAUUAGAGGAUGUAAGUGUUGAUUCUGUAAUUUUAAGCAAACUUUUGGAUAUCUUGCAAGAGGAGAAUUAUAAUAAAAGUGAUACUAAAGAAGUUUUGCACAUUACGGAAUUUAUAUUAAAUUUAUUAGAUUUCAUGAUGAGUUAUGGUGUAAUCACAGAAGAAAGUUUGGCGAAUUCAGUUUUGUUUAAUUUAAUGCAGAGUAACAUGGAAAAAAUGGAAGAAAUAUCUAAAAUGGAAAUUCACGUUCUUACAAAAACAAUCACACAUUACCUACCUGUACUUCACAGAAUGUUUUUACCAAGAGAUAACAAACUUUUGAAUACAGCUUUGAGAGGGACAGUAACUCAGGCUACUUUAGGGGCCAUAGUAAACGUUUUGCAGUACAUUUAUAAAAAAAUUGCUAUGGGACAAACGUCACAACAAUUGUUGGAUACUAAAACGUCCAUAAUUAAAUGUUUGUUAACUUAUGGUUUCAUAAGUGGCACUAAUGUUUUAUAUCAAGAUCAAAUCAACAUUCUGGAGAUGUUGGUCGAUUUUGAAUAUACUUAUACAGAUGAAGAAGAUGUUAAAAUAGUUUUGCUUAUUUUGGACCAUUUGAAAUAUACAAAAUCCGAUGUUUCCUUAAAACCUCAUAUAGUUAAAAAUAUUCUUUUAAAUUUUGGAGAAAUUGGAGAGGAAUAUUAUAAAAUUUACGAUUAUGCUGUGAAAAUACUACAGUGUCUUAAACAUUUAAUAAAACACUUUGGGAAUUUAAAUCAUUCAUACCAAGAAAAGGUUAUAGCAGUACUGAUACCAUUCUAUUCGUCAAUAGAUAAUUAUGGCCCGAAAGUUGCGUUGGAAAUUUUAGGCUGUAUUGAAGUAUUAUAUCAGGUUAAUCCAAGUGAAGAUUUUUGCACAGAGGGCGGUAAAGAAUUAAUACAAAUUGCCUUAUUACUUUUAUCAAGCCCAUACGUUGAAAUAAGGUUAAAAGCAAUAAAUACUCUUAUGGAGUUUUUUAAAGUUACUUCACAAAGUUGUGAAAUAAAAUAUAUGCACAGACAGGAGAUAAUAUUUCAUGAAAUUCUGGAACAAAGUCGCAAGUUUCUUGCUGAAGAAAAUUUAUCAGAGGAUGAUUUAUCCAUCAGAAACUCGACAGUUUUGUUGACUUUUUCCAAAUUGAUGUUGUCAUGUUCUUUUUGGAUUGAAGAAUCGUUUCUGGGCUUGUUGAAACUUGUACAUGAGACCAAAUUGAAAUCAGUUAAAAGUACAAUAGAAAAAGUCGCCAGACUAAUUUCUGGUGGAAAAUUGGAAAACGCAUUUUUAGAGAGUCAUCUUAAAGGAAUAUUAGAAAAAUGGAUUGAUCAAGGUUAUAACAUAGUUAAUUUUCCAUUCUCAGUAUUUAACUGUGCAAAUAAAACUGAGUUUUACACAAAAUACUUAGAAAUUUGUGUUCCUUUGAUCAUUAAUAAUGAUAAAAAUGGUCUCCUGGAAGCUGCCAAUAGUUUGGGCUUGACAGAAAAGAAGCUAAUUGAAAGGGCACUUCCUAAAAUAUUCACAAAAAUUGUCCAUGAAGAAGUAGAAAAUUUACGUGUCGAUAGAGUAAAAUUUAACACGACAAUGGUUCAACUUUUUGAAAUUUUAGGCAAUGAUUGUUUAAUAAAUCUAUUAAGGAACAAUUUGGAUAAAGUUAUUCUGAAUUUGGUUUCUUUAGUUAGUGAUGAAAAAUGCAUUUUAGAACACUUUAAGGAGCGUGUAAUAUUUUAUAACAAGUACUUAAGUUAUAACCAGUUCUUAACUAGUCUACAAUUUUUAAAGGAAUUUUUACAAAUGGAAGAUGUCUGUGUACUGUUAACAACAAGAUCUGAUAUAUUAGAAAGAUUAAUGUUGAGUCUGAAACUAAAUAUUUACAAUUCUGUAACGUUGCAAUCUAGAUUAAAGGCAUUACAUCAUUAUAUUUUGAUUCUCAAACUGGUUAUUCCAAAAUUACAUAAAAAAAUAAAUUGCAUGAAUUAUUUUAUUAGAGAUUGUACUUACUCAUUUGUUAACUUGAUAAAAAAUCACAAUUUACUCUGUGGGAAAUUUACUCAGGUUUUACUUUUAUCAUUUUUAAACUUCUUGAAACAAAUCUUGCCACAAUUUUCUGAUAGUUUUCAACAGUUUUUCGUAUUUGUUGUGAAUUUCUUGGAGAAUCUCAUUUUAACUAAUGAAUCUAUAAAACAACCUAGCCUAGAAAUUUUGAAAUUUCUAAUUCUGGAAAAUCAACAAGUAUUCUCAGACAAUAUUAUAAAAUUGGAUGAAUUUACACAUAUCGCAGAAUUCACAAAAAUAAAUUCCAUAAUUUCUAAAAUAAAGUAUGAGGGCAAGACUUAUUCAUUUGCCGAAGAAAUUGGGCUCUUCUUAACUAACAAUGAAGACUGUUCUACGUUCAGAGAAGAAACAUUGAAACAUUUACGUCAAGUGCUUAGUCUACAAAAGGACGAAUUAAUGGCGAUGUAUGAACAGCUAAAGGAGAAUCGCGGCUUCUCUGAAGACUGCGAAAAGAGCCUGUUGCAUAGAUUGGUUGCCACACUAACAAAAAUUUCUCGUAGUUCAGAUAAAAACGUGAGCAUGGAAGCGGUCAAAUGCCUUGGAGAACUUGGUCCAGCAAAUUUAUUAACAUUAAUAUUACAACCAGAAAAAGUUGAUGAAAAUUUAAAAUGUGCUCCAUUCGAGUUGAUCUGUGGGAAAAUUGUCAUGUUACUGUCUAAAUAUAUUGUGGAUAGCGACAUAGAAGUUGUUAAAGUAGCAUCAAUAGUGCUUUAUUCCGUUAUGGUAUCCAAAGAGUCCAGAAAGAUGGCGGGUUCAUCAUUUAACUUUGGACAGGGAAUUAUUAAUGAUAAUUUUUUGGUACCGUUUAUGCCGUUAGAAAAAUCUACCGCCUCAACAAACGUGGGAAUAACCAAUGACUUAUUUAUAUCCACCAUGAACUCAAAUGAUAUUUGGUGCCCUACAAUGGUCACUCAUGACGAAUGGAUUGUAAAAUUGGUCACAAUGAUUUUGCGUACCUUCAAUGACAAAUCUUUUAUGUCCAAAUUGAUACCAAUUUGCGAGAAAAAGGUUGAAUUGUGUGAGGAGCUUUUACCUCUUAUAAUACAUUUACUGCUGCACGUACAAAAUGAGGAGGUCAUUAAUAUUAUGCGUACUAAAAUAAAUUAUUUCUUUGAACAGCACUGGAAAUUCUCACAGAAUAAACUAUCAAAUAAUGUGAUAGUAAGUGAUAAAAGAACAGUAAAAUGCAUGUUAAGUGUGGUUGAUUUCGUACGACUCCAAAAGGCUUACACUAACACAAAAAAAUUGCAUGAUUUAAAUUUAUGUUAUUUGAACGUGGCUCAAGCUUCUCAAUAUUGCGACGAUCAUUUUGCGGCUAUUUUUUAUGCGGAACUCGGCUGUUAUAACACUUUGGAGGAAUUGGAGAAACAAAAUUGCAAGACUUUACCAGCAGGUUAUACGAAAUACGAUGUAAUUUAUGAUAGUUUAGAUCAAGAAACUUCCAAAGCCAUGCAUAAUAUUUACAGAACCGCAUAUAAAACUAUUGGUGAUUUGGAUGCAAUCGCCGGUUGUGGCAUUUCUUUCAUUUUGGAACCUGAAUUCCGCGUUGAACAAUAUAAAGAUACGAACCAAUGGGAUCAGGUAGCACAUUUUUAUGAAAUGCAGGUCGGUCGCGAUCCAUUCAAUAACAAAUCCAAACUAAUGGAUAGUUUAAAGAUGUGUUCUUUAUAUGAAGUUCCACUUUUAUGCACAAGUAAUUUGGAAACUCCUCAAUAUGAGUGUAUGUGGAGACUUGGUCGGUGGAAUUUGGAGGAAACGAUUUCAGAUUCCAAUGCAGAAGUGACGAAAUUAGAUUUCAACAAGUUUCAGUAUUACACAUUAAAAUCAAUGCAUGACAAUGAUACGUAUAAUUUUUCUAAAGCCUCAAAAAUGGAAACUUUGAGUUUACUUGAAAAUUUAAAACACAUUAACUUAAAGUGUUGUAAAAAUUUCUAUCCAAUAUUAACAGAAAUACAAUGUCUUGUUGAAAGUUUAGACUUUUUUGAAGCUACAGAAAAUAAUACCAUUCAGGAAUUGUUGCAUAAAUGGAAAAAACAAGAUCUUAUUACUGCCAGCACAAAUUUUGAAUAUUUAGAACCAAUUAUUUCACAGAGAAUUGUUAUGUUAAAGAACUAUUUGAAAAACCGAAAAAGUAAUGCGGAUUUACAGUCAAGUUUGAUUGAAAUCAUGUUAAACUUUGCAGACUUGGCCCGAAAUGAAAACAAAUAUCGCGUUGCGUCCAGGGUGAUCAGCGAUCUUCAACAGAUACCUAACAUUGAAAGCACUGUUAAAGCCAAAAUUGAACUGUCUCAAGCUCAAUUAUGUUGGGCUUUAAAUGACACCUCAUCAGCGAAACAUAUUUUAAACAAACUGGGAAGAAAUACAAACGAAAAUCCUAACAUUCGUUCAAAAGCUCUCAAAUUAUCCGGGCAAUAUUUGGUGGAGACGUACUCUGAAAAUAGACACACUAUAUUAAAUGAUUACUUCAUAGAAUCGCUUAGAAUUAUUGAAUCGGCAGAACUCGUUAUGGAGGAGGCUAUGAGUGUCGUAGAUACGUUUGACAAACUAGCUUCUUUCGCUGACAGAGAAUAUCAACAGAUUGUAAAUCACAUGAAAUCAGACUUAUUUCAAAAGAAGCUUACUAACAUGAAGAAAUCCAAAGAAACCGCAUUAUUAAUCAGAAACAAGCGUGGUGCCACCGACGAUGAAAGACGUGCCGCAACCAUCCACGAAAAGCAAAGUAGAAUAGACGAGUUGGAAAUAGAAAAUACGAAAAGAGAACGAGACGGUUUCCUGCAGUUAGCUAUUAAAUUUUAUUUACGGAGCCUGCAACUGAGCGACAAGAACAACAUACGCAUAUUUCGGAUGAUGUCUCUGUUCUUGGAAAACCGUAACAACACUACAAUUAAACCUGCACUUGAUGAUAACAUGCACAAAAUACAGACGUACAAAUACAUCGACAUGCUACCGCAAUUGGUUCCGCAUUUGUCCGACGCCAAUGAUCUAUUCACCACCGAAGUCACUACAAUUGUGCAAAAGUGCGCUUUGGACCAUCCCCAUCACACCAUUCCGUUGAUUUUAGCCCUGGUUAAUGCGAACAAUGAUCGAGAGUUCACCAAAUCGAAAACCACUACUUCUUCGAACGAUGCCAGAGUACUGGCUGCAACUAAAUUAUUGGCUAAAGUCAAGAAGACUUCCAAGUCGGAUUUGAUAACCAAAAUGAAUGCGGUGGCUGUUGCUUUAAUAGAGUUGGCUUAUCACGAUAUGGGGGAAGUGAGAAGUAAGAAAAAGGAGUUUACUAUUCCUUCCUCGUUGAAAAUAAUGAAGAUAAAAAAUUACGACGAUGUGCUGUUACCUACUGUUACCAUUCCUGUCAGUAAAAGCAAUACUUAUAAGAAUAUAGUGGGCAUUAGUUGUUUCAAAAAUACAUUUAGUGCUGUGGGAGGUAUAAAUGCACCGAAACGGAUUAAAUGUAGGGGAACCGAUGGCAAAGAACGGUCUCAACUAGUUAAAGGCAGAGAUGACUUAAGACAAGAUUCUGUUAUGCAACAGGUUUUCAAUAUAAUGAAUAAUUUAUUGUCCGGAAACAAACAAACCUCGGAUUUAAUCAUCCGAACAUAUAAAAUAGUGCCUUUGUCCAUGAGGAGCGGUAUUUUAGAAUGGGUGGAUAAUAGUAUGCCUAUCGGGGAAUAUCUUGUGGGUGAGAAUUGUAAUAGUGGUGCUCAUUCGCUGUACCGACCUAAAGACAUGUCACCUGCAGAGUGUCGGAAUCAGUAUAAAAAAACUGUUGGAGAGACUUCUGAAGUAAAGCUGAAAAUAUUUAAUGUAAUUUGCGGGCGAUGCAAGCCUGUUUUCCACAAGUUUUUUGAGGAAAUGUUUCUACAGCCUACAAUUUGGUAUGAGAGGCGUAGAGCAUACAUUAACAGCAUCGCCACAACUAGUAUGUGCGGAUAUAUCUUGGGUAUUGGCGACAGACACGUUAGCAACAUUCUUAUUGACAAAAAUACCGCCGAAGUUAUACAUAUCGAUUUUGGAAUCGCAUUCGAACAAGGCCGUUGUUUACCGACCCCCGAAACUGUUCCCUUUAGACUUACUCGGGAUAUAAUUGAUGGAAUGGGUGUGUCUGGUGUAGAGGGCAUGUUUAAAAGAUCUUGUGAAAAAACUAUGGAGGUUUUACGAUCAAACGCCCAAACAAUAGUAACUAUUUUGGAGGUACUACUUUAUGAUCCGUUGUACUCUUGGAGUGUUACACCUGCAGAGGCCAAUAAACGUCAAACCGACGAAGACGCUUCUGUUUGUAAUGAUCUAUCGGAUGAAGAUAAUGUAGAAUUGAACAUCACUGCGGAGAGAGCGUUAUUGAGACUACGUAGCAAACUACAAGGUACUGAAGAAGGGAACCAGACCAGUAUUGAGCAUCAAGUUGGUACAUUAAUUCAACAGGCUAUGGAUCCAUCAAAUUUAUGUAGAUUGUUUCAUGGUUGGCAACCUUAUUUGUAAAAGUUUUAUAUAUCCCGUGUUAAAAAUUAUUCGUUAGUUAUCUAUGUUUUAGUUAAUAUUUUUGUAUUCAGUUAUUUUUCUAUUCAAUAUAUUUGUUCUAUAUUUA